AUGACCGCUAAUUCUAUUUUCAAUAAUUAGCCUCCACCCUCGAGCUCAGGUCAGACAUCAUUUGUCGGAGAAAACUCUCCACCUACGAAACUUGGAUUAUCCACAUCUAAUUUUGAAUAUUCUCAAGACAACAUUCAUUCAAAUUAACUUAACAAGCAUAGUCAAAGCAACAUCCUUGCCUAAGACUACUUGUCCUUGUAAAACAUUUAAAAUCCUCAGAUGCAAUUUAUUUAGACUUCAUCCUUUAACAAUUAAAGUGAUUCUAAUUUUAAUCAUAAUAAUAAUGCAAACAGUAGUUAAAUAUCUAGCAAAGGCUAUUAAAACAAUUUGAAUACCUCUUAGAAUCAAAAUAACUAUACAAACAUUGAGAGUCAGAUUUUAAACGAAUAAGACUAAUAUCUAAAGGCUAGAGUGCAAGAGAUUUUAAAUCAAAAUAGCAGCAUGCUUAAUAAUAAUCCUCAUUUAAAUAUACAGAGCAACAAAAGCUCUCAAAAAAGUCUAGUGCUUAACAAUUCUUAACUUAAAAAUCAAGUGUAUCCUAAUAAUUGCUCAUCAUAAAAAGAAAAUUAGUCUAAUUUCUAGUAAUCAUUCUUGGCCUAAUAACUAUUUCAACAAAUUUAAUAGCUUCAAGGCCCUAGUUAUGAUAAUCAAACUUAGCCUUAAGCUUAGCUAUUGAUGUUAUAAGAAGAAUUGAUUGCAGUGAAACAUGCUUCUUAGACAAAUGCUCAAUAACUAGAAUUGUCAAUCUAAUAAAAGUUAUAAGAGGCUAAUUUUCAAUCAUAACUGUAGAUUUAGUAACUAUAGCAGCAAUACCAAUAAAUAAUGAAUGAUAAACUCUCAGAAAUGCAAAGCUAUCAUAACUAGCAGAUUCAAAAGCAAUCAUCUGAGUCUGAAACUAUUAAAAAUUAGAUACAGAGCAAAGUUAAAUAGUUUGAGAAAGAUUAUAUAAAGAUUUGUAGGCAUGAGGAAAUAGUUAACGAUAAGGUACAAGAAAUGUUAGAGAAACAAAAAGCUAAGAUACAAGAAGCCAAAGUCAAAAUAAGGAAAGAAGUCAUUAAGGAGUUUGAGGGUGAGUUCGGAAAUAAAAUGAGAGAGUAAGAAGUCAAACUUCAAAACUUAAAUAUGGAGAUUGAUAAUUUAAAAAAUCAGCUAUUCGAUUAGAAAAGGGUUACUAGAGAAAGAGAUGAGAGAAUAGAAGAAGUUCAAUGGCAAUUAGAAAAGUCUAAUAGAUAGUCUCAAAGUCUAGAAGAAUUAAAUGGCCAAAUGGAGUAAGCUAACAAUGACUUGUAAAGCUAGAUCUAACAAAUCUCAGAAUUAGCAUAGCAAAUGUAAUAAAACUAUCAGAACGAUAUAAAUUAAUUAUAAGAGGAAUCUUAGUAGAAACAAGAAGAGUUAGACGGCCAAUAUGAAACCAAUUAAGAUUUAAAGGGCCAGCUAGAUGAGGUACACCAGAAAGCCAAUUCAUAUUAAGAACAGUUGACUAAAACCCUUCUUGCCAUUUAAGAAAAAGAUAGCCUAAUGACUGAAUUAUCCUAAAAACUGAUAAAUCUUCAGGAUCAAAUGCAAAUUAGAAAUCAUGAGAGUGAUAAGUUAGAUAGAUUGAAUAAAGAUUUGUAGAAAUAAGUAGAAACCCUUAUAGAAGAAAAUUAGCAUUUGCAAAACUUGAACAAUAAUUUGAACUUCAGACUAUUUAACCUGAAUCAAUAGAUGGAAGGACUUAUCAAUCAGUAAAUACAGCCUAUUAAAGAACAAUUCAACAAUCUCUACAACGAGAUAGAAGCUGAAAGAAUAUAGAAUUUAGAGACAACAACUACCAUUUCAAAAGCAAUGGAAGAAUUAUCAUUCAAAAUUUUAACUUACUAGACUAUCAACAGUCUUUAAUAAACUUAGAUUAUGAAUAAAGAGAAUGAAUUCUCCAGUGAAAUAUAGAAACAUAGAGCAAAAUUUGAAAGCAUAGCUAAGGAAAAUAAACAACUUGCUGAUAAAAAUGAGGAAUUAACUAAGGAGAAUAUAUAACUAUUGAAAAAUAACUCUGAUUUGAAUCAUUAAAACUAAUAGAAUUAGCUAUAGCUAGAACAAUUAAUGUAAUAGCUAUUGCAGAUCAAAGACAUUUACCAAGGUAAAGUUGAAAAAGUUAAAACAAAGUGUCUUGUUCUGCUAAGAGAGCAGUAAUCUAAUCUAGCAUUAAAAUAUCAGUAUCAGCUUAAAAUGUUUAAAGAUCACGUAAAGAAUGUGAAGGUGAAAUACUCUCAAAGAUUGCAAACUGUUUUCUCAGAUAUUCAAGUUGUCUACAAUCAAAUUUAAAAUGAGUAUAAUAGUGUGUCCUCUAAAUAUGAGACUGAAUACGAUUCGUUAAAAGCUUAUAUUGAACAAGAGAAAUUGAAGAUGCAAGAUGCUUAAGAACAACUCAAGCACUUAUCUUAGUCAAAUGAGCAAGAAAUUUCUCAAUAUGAGUCAUGGAAGCAAGAGAAGUAAAAAGAGCUAGUUGUUAUUCAUUCUUAAGUCAAAGAGCUAGUUCAGUAAUUAGAGGAAAAGGAAGCAGAAAAUAAGACAAUAAGAUAAACCAUUGAAGCCAAAUACUCAAAAUUGAAGAGGAAAAUGAAAGAGACAAUAAAGAUGCUUAAGGAUAAGGAUAACGAAAUAGAAGAGCUUCACAGAAUGCUAAAGAAUUCAAUCAAAUUGAAUAGCUAAACUCACAACUUAUUAAUGGUUGACCAAUAAUCAACUGAUAGGCAUGGGACUAUUUAGUCUAAUCCUAGUCCUUAUUUUGGUGAGUACGAUAAUUAAAGAGAUUUAGCAGAAUCUCAUCAAGCUAAGUACCUAUCAAAGUAGAGUCUAAUGCAAUUAAAGUAAGAAUAGUAAAGUUUAACAUUCUUAUAUUAUAGUGAUUUGGAAAUGGCUAGAAGUGUCAAAAUGUUUGAUAAAUACAGCAGAGACAAAUCAAAUGAUAGAAAGAACUCAAACAAUAGAUCAGGAUAGACAUUUAAAGCAAAUCAUUAGCCAGAGAAAGAUAAUUGA